UCGCGUAGCAACCUCUCUACACACUGAAGUAUAAAAAAGAAAACAUUGAAUUAAAUGUGUGAAGCUAAACAGGUGCUUAAUAAUAACUAAUAAAAGACUAAUAAUUAUUAUAUAAAACAAUGGUUAAGCAAACUAUUAAAAUAUUUGCACGUGUAAAACCGACGAAGAAACCCACCUCGGGGUACUUUGUGGACUGCGACGAGCAAAGCAGUAGUUUGGAGUUUGUGGUUCCCAGAGACUUGGCGGAUGGUUUUAUCAACAAUAAAAGAGAAAACUACAAUUUCAGGUUUCAGAAGGUUUUUGACCAAACAGCUAAUCAAGAGGAAAUCUUUGAGACCAUUGCAAAGCCUGUUGCUGAUAAUGUGCUGGCAGGUUAUAAUGGCACCAUCUUUGCCUAUGGCCAGACCGGAAGUGGGAAGACCUUUACAAUCACUGGAGGUGCAGAGCAUUAUAAUGACAGAGGGAUCAUUCCCAGAACUCUUUCUUACCUUUAUCAUCAUAUCUGCAAGGACAGCAGUAUGGUCUAUACAACCCACAUUUCCUACCUGGAAAUCUACAAUGAGGCCGGCUAUGAUCUGCUGAAUCCCCAACAUGAAGCAUCUCGCCUGGAGGACUUACCAUUAACUUCAUUAUAUCAGAUCUGA